GAUCCACUUAUUGGCCACCCGACUGCGCUUCUAAAUCACGCCAGGACGAUUGAGCCCAAGUGCAAUACGAAUGGUUUGGGCAUGGUGCCCACGCCCCAGGUGUGCGUAUCAACCCUGGUCACGGUGAGCACGAUGGCGGUGGUGGACCUCUACCUGCUGGAGCAGAGCAUGCUGGGAGCUCGCGGCAUGUCUGGACCCAGCGUGUGGCAGUACGUGGCGGUUCUGCUGGGCGACGCCUGCUUCCUGCUCGCCCUGCGCUUCGUCUCGGCCGGCGUGGUUUCAGAGGCACAGUCGUCGCGCCGCGGUUUCGCCAACGCCCUGUGGUUCCUCUUCCUGUCGCUGCUGCAGCUGAAGCUCUUCUUCGUCUGCCACAACUACAGGCAGGAGCGGCGGCCGCCCGACCCGCUGGCCAGGAAGACUCUGACGCUGCUGCUGUCCAUCUGCCUGCCCUCCUUGUUCCUCAUCCUCACUGGCGCCGAUCACAUGACUCCUCAGCGCAGGAAGCAGGAAGUGCGGAGCAGGCUCCUGUGGGUCGUCGUCGACCUCCUGGACGUUCUGGACCUGCAGGCGGGGCUUUGGGAAGCCCAGGGCGGGUCUGGAGGCGUUGUUGAGCAGAGGCUGCCGAUCUGGGCGGAAGGCCUUGUCUUCUUCUACUGCUACGCGCUUUUGCUGCUGCUGCCGUGCGUGGCGCUAACGGAGCUGGGCGCCACCGGGCUGCCCGGCCAGAGGGGCCCCCGCCGGGAGGCUCUGUACCCCUGGCUCAGCUUGGUCACCAUCAACAUCUUCACCCUGGCUCUUCGGGGAACCGGCAUGCUGUGGUACAGAGACUCCCGCGUGUCGACUGUGUUUCUAGGGAAAAACUUACUGGCGCUGGCCGUGAAACUGAGCUCAGCCUGGGAGAAACACAAGCAGGAGCGUGGCGCUUCAGGGGCCGGAACCGUGGCUGGAUCGGAACCAGAAGCCACCACCGCGCCGCCGAGCCAGAACUCAGAGCAGGACGAGGGCCAGGCUCAGGGGAAAGCUCCUCCUGCUCAUUUCCACACACUAACGCGCUCACAAAGCCACACUCUGUCCCACGUCAGCCUGGAGCCGACGGCGGCCCCUCUGGGGCCGUCUUUUAUCUCCCAUGAACUGUAGAGAAUCACACCCAACAUGCAUGCAUGCAAAUACUGUAUGUACGCACACAGAGGCGUCACAAGCCCUCCAGCAGACCGGAGCCAGCGUCGCCUCCCAGCAGAUAACAGCGGCGGGCAGAACGUGAAGCUGUGGAAAUGCAUUUGGCACGCUCGUCUGUUUGUGCAUUACAUCGCGCUGGGAGCAACUUGAAAUGCAUUGUUGUGAUUUGUAGGAUUGCAUUUUUAGAGUCAACACUGUGAGCAGCACUGCCAGACUGUAAAGCGUAUUGUAGAGAUGUUGAAGCCUAGUGAGUACUCUCUGUUGUAUAAUGGAGGCUUAACUGCCUUACCUCUCUCAGUUUGUUGUCCUCUUGACAAAUAUAUUUUUAAACUUAUUUCUACUUCUUGUUAAAUAUCCGUUAGUAACGAAGUUGAAUUUUUACGGUUCUUUGGAGAAACUGGAUCAUUAGAUGCCAAAAUCUGUGCUGUGACCUUUCAGAACGCAUUUUCUGUCAUUCCACAUUAGAAAGAUUUAAUACAGAGACGAGGUGAUGCUUCAUUUUUCUUUUCCUUCGGUACCAAAGAGGCAAGAUUGAACAUCUAAAUGAAGAAAAGUCCCACUGUACCCUUCUGCACUGUGGUUUAUUGUUUUAAUGUAAAGUUUAACCCAGGUGAUGUUUCCCUGGUUAGGUAAUUCACAAUUCAUUUUAUGUGAAUAAAAAGUAGAAAGAUUAGUCAGAACAAUGGUAAUAUAAUGUACAAUGGGAAAAAUAAGUUUAGAACAUGUUGGUAAAAGUAUUUCUAAUGGGCCUUUGAAAUUCACACAAUUAAUACAAAAAGUCUAGAAAGAAAUGAAAACGAUCACGUCCAUAAGAUAAGUUAUUUAUAAUAAGUAAAUAAGAAUAAAACAUAUCAUGCAAUGAGACAAAGAAAGCCAAAAAACAGCUGAAAUAAAUCCUGAUUUCUUCCCAUCACUGCAAAUUUAUAUCAACUAGUUCAGCUUUAAUUGAUGGCCUAUAAAAAGAUUUCUCAUUACAGAGUAAAGAGCUCCCUUAAAACCUUAUUGUUGCAAAAAUAAGAUAUACUUCUAACCUUAUGAAUGUCCCAGUUAGCACUAUUCCAGAUUAUUCUGUAAUCUGGAAGUGGAAACAGCAUGUUUUUAUCAUGAUCAAGUAUUAAUGCAAUAUUUCUGACAGAGAAGUGGGAAGAAUAAUCUAAAGACGAAUUAAACCGAACAAAGUUUCCAUUGAAAUGAUAAAUUCACUCAACUACAAUGGCGUUUGUACACACUCACAGCACAAGACUCCACUGCUGAAGAAAAAACCUAAUUUGGUCAGAUGGGGCCAAAACUAUUUGAAUGUGAGGAGGAAUAGAAAUCUCCGUCAUCCCAAAAACACAACACAAACGAAAGGUUGGAGGUGGAAGCAUCAUGAUGUGUGGCUACUUUACAGCAUUUUUGGGAACAUAUGGUUUAUCAUUUAUCGUGAGAAAAUUCUUUAAAACUUUUUGAUACAUUUCGGUUAUUGAUGUUA